UGUUCAGGGCUGUGUGUCAGUUCACUAUCUGCCACUCAAGAAGAGACUGCAAAGAAAAGGAAGGAUGACCCGACCCAGCAGCCAAAGGACAUGGCUGCUUUCUUCAGUCUCCUUGAGGAUGAAAACAUCAGGCUGUUUCUGGCUAGGGACAGCUGCAGGAGGAUUUCAGACAAGUACCUCCUGGCAAUGGUCUUCAUCUACUUCAGGAGAGGAAGACUACAUCCUGACAAAUACAGAAAGAACUUCUUUCCAGCUCUGUUCUUAGCCAACCAAUUUGAGGAGGAAGAAGGCCGAUUUCGACGAGAGAUCUACCCCUGGGCCUUAGGACGAUCUUGGUACCUGAUGAAGGAGAGGAAACGUCUGUUCCAUCGACGCAACCUGCUGUUCCUCCGGAUGGGAUUCAAGGCUUGGGUGGACAAGGAAUCCUGUGAUCUGAUCAUGGCACAAGACCCUCUGCACUGGGCAUGGACAAGGGAGAGGCAGAUCCAUCAUGGUGCGGCUGUUCGCUCAUUCAGGAGAAAUGAUGAGGAGUUCACCAUCUAUGGCCCAUGGAGCAUCCCUCCAUCCUGCCCCAUCUGUGAGACCAUCCUUCUCCAUCCAUGUGCGAAAGAGGCUGAAAACAUCAUGUGCCAGGCAGACACAGAGGACCAACCUGGAACCUCACAGUCAUAG